AAAGAUCUUACAGCACCACAAUCUCUUCUUCCAAGUAUUUUAGAUCCACGAAUUAAAAAUUUGUCAAUUGUGUCAGAAGCAAAUAGAUAUAUGACUGAAAAACUAUUAAAAAAAAAGUUUGUUGAAAUGAAAACUAAGUUGAGUUUAAAUGAUACAUCAUCAAUUUUAUUAAAUUCAAAUUUUCAACAAAAGACU